CCUCACCACCUCCUAAACACAUCCUGGACCCUCCACCGCCUCUCCCCCCUGCACCACGACAAGGAAUUCCAAUCCCUUCUUGACAACCCUACUGCCCUCAAUACAUAUGCAGCACGUCUACGAGAUCUGUUAACAGGGGACGUUCUCUCGGGUCUACAGUCGGGUGUACAGACUGGUCUUGGUGCUGGCGGCGUCGCAGAAGACGACACGCUAUCAAAAACAGGUGUGCUGAAAUCAUGUAUUUGGGAGGCGAUACCGCAAUUCGACGAUACCUUUACAUGCGAAGGAUAUGGGCAGACAGGAAUAUUAAUCACCCUAUCCUACGAAACCACAACAUACAAAGCCGCUUUACUAGCGUCACCUGAUAGCAAUGCCCAUGCUACCUCCGCGCCACGCAAAGGCUUAACCCCCCUCCCCCUCCUCCUAACGCGCCUUCCCACUCCCCCCCGGCAAACCCUCCUCACUUUCCUCUCCACAACCUUUGACACAUACAUCUCCCCGCUCCGUCUCCCGGCACCAUUCAUGUGUAGCGGACUAGACACCUAUGUGACCACGUUCCUAUCCAGCGGUGCGCGCGACGCGGCGGGUAUCCUGGAGAAUGUUGUGCGGGAUGUGCAGCUUACGGUGACAUUUUCGGGGAGCGUGGCACCGAGUUUGAGAAGUAUGGGGGUGGGCGUGCCAAGGGGGAUGAUUGGGGGUUUUUUGUGUGGGAAUGGUGGUGGUGGGGAGGGGUUUUUGGGGAGGAUUGAGGGUUAUUUGGAAGCGCAUUUGGCUAUGAAGUUGGAUUUGAGUACUGCUGGGAAUAGGAAUGGUUUGGCAAAGCAGCAUGUGCGGGUGUCGAAGAUUGCUUGUGGGGGAUUCGUUGUUGGGAGUGAGGGGCGGAUGAAGUUGAGUGCUGAUUUGGGACGGCAGUCCGGUGGCACUGGGAAUAGAGAUGGGGAUGGGGAUGGCGAGGGCUCGCGCGUGCUAGGUGAGAAGGAGAGGCUUGAGUUGAAGGCAAAUCAUGCGUUGCUUUUGGGGGUUUUGCGCAGGGCUGUU